UUAAACCCUAUUGUGUUCGCUCUAAACACUAGAGUUCAAGGCAGUUCACCGCCCGCCGUCACCGUCUGCCGCCGUUGGACCAUUACUUUCCGAUUAGUCUUGAUAGCUUGUAUAGGCUCAUCAGCAAACUUAAUGGAUCCAUCAUCUUUUGAACAGAAACCAAAUGCACCAAGGAAGGUGAAAUUUAAACCCAAAGCUCCAAUACGCAAAACUUCAAAGCUUGCAGUGCCAAAAACUGAAAUAUUUGAUGAUGCUGAAACUGCUGCAGAAGCAAAGGACUUAAUGCAGCGUUUGCAGGAUAAUUUAGCAACAAAGCCAAAGAUUGAGAAAAAAGUGGAGCCUGUUCAACGAGUUGCCUUUGGGUAUGGAUCAUCAAUUCCCAGCAAUCAAUUCAGUGCUUCUCAUAAAAAUAAUUCUGGGUAUCAGGAUAAACUUCAUUUUUCAACCAGAAGAGAGGUCAAAGAAUACAAAGAGCCAUGGAAUUAUUACAGCUAUUAUCCAGUAACUCUUCCUCUUCGGAGACCUUAUUCUGGAAAUCCUGAUAUCCUUGAUUAUGAAGAGUUCGGGCAGGUAUAUACUUUUGAUGGAAAUAUGUCUAAUCCAGCCAUGGAGCUAGGCCUUAUGGAGGAAAAUUCAGAGCCUAAAAUGAUGUUUUUUCAGCUGCCAAUGAAUAUGCCUAUGAAAAAACGGAUUGCUGCAACAGCAGGCCAAGCACCAACCAACAGCUCAAAACAACCAAGUAGUUCAAACACCAUAGAGAAGCCUGCAGUGUUGGAAGAUUUACAAGCAGGUAUCAUGGGUAAAAUGCUGGUUUACGGAAGUGGUGAUGUAAAGCUCAAGCUUGGCGAUACCCUUUAUGAUGUAGACGAUGGUUCUGAUUGUGUAUUUGCUCAGGAUGUUGUAGCUUUUAAUGCAGCAGAGAAGCAUUGUUGUGCUGUUGGAGAACUCCUCAAGCGUGCUAUUGUGACUCCAGAUGUGAAUUCCAUUUUGGAAGAUUUUGCUGGCUUAGAGUGAACCCGAAAGAUCACUUUUUCCCCUUGUAAUUGCUUCAAGAAUCUGUCAAACGAAGUUUGCAUAAAAUGGGUCCACUUGAGGAAAAGAGGAAAAGGACUUGCUUACUCAAGAAUACUGAAAUUGUACCAACAUCAUUUGAAGCCAUUUUUGUGCUUGCAUGAUGCCAAUUUUGACACUUAUAAGAAUGAAUAUUUUUUUGUUGGCCGAUAGAAGUACCUUACUAAAAAUUUGCUAUAUGUUAUGAGUAGGUUUAAAAAAUACAGAUUGAUAUUUGUUACCAGAUUAGCUUUAAAUGCUUUGUAUGCAAAGAUAGCAAUAAAGAAUUAGAACAAUUGAAGAGUAUCAAACGUCAUCUGUAUUAUUAUUUUGUAGAAUGAAUGAACUACUUUUAACUAAUACAACAAUCCUUAAAUAGACAAAUCUUGUUAAGCUUCUAACAAACUUAACAAUUUGUUAUAAACCUCUAACUAACAUAAUGAGGUGGCGAAAAUCAGAAAAGAAAAACAAGUAAUAAACACAUUACUUAGACAGUAGCAAUAGCAUAUGAUCGAGACCUUCUCUGCUUGGCUGUGAUGAGUU